AUGCCACGGCCGAGACCGCCGCCCACUCCAACCGGCUCAUCUGACCUGAGAGCGCUGGAAAACUUGAAGGCGUUUCAGGCCUCAGAUAUGGAAUCCAUCUUCACCCUACCGCCGCCAGCAAUUCGGUCAUCCGACGCACAAUCCCAGAACCACCAGAGCGGAAAGUCGUCGCACGCACGAGACGCCACAAACACCACGGCGCUCACGCAAAGCACCCCUCCAAUCUCUCCCCAAGACAAACCGCUUACUGCAAGUCCGCGGCACAAAAGAACGUCUUCAGGGGUGGUCAAGUCAACCGCCGAAUCUACGAGUACCAACGGCGGCGCUUCCAAUUCCUACGCUCUCCCCCCUCCUCCAAGUCGAGCCCGCAAGAUCAUCCAGAUGAAACCCAAAUCUCAGGCCACAAACAACUCCUCCCCCGCCAGUGACGCCAGCUACGUACCUCCCACUUCGGCCGCAACCUCGACCACCUCCGCCCCCUCCAACAAAGCAUCCGCAACCUCGUCCGGAGGUGCAUCCUCCAAUGCCACCGCCACGAAUACGAAGCGGAAACAACCCUCCGCCACAAGCGCCGCGGGCAGGAAAAUUGCCCGCAAGACCGCCCAUAGCAUCAUUGAGCGUCGCAGGCGGAGUAAAAUGAAUGAAGAGUUUGGGGUCCUAAAGGACAUGAUACCCGCAUGUGAAGGGGUGGAGAUGCACAAACUCGCCAUCCUGCAAGCCGGGAUCGAAUAUGUACGGUAUCUCGAGGGAUGCGUGGCGCAGCUCAAGGAGGAAAAUGCGAAGCUGGGCGGCAAAGUGAGGACUUCCACAGGUUCAAGGAUGCAGACGGAUGACCCGCCCGGUGAGGACGAAGACAUGGACGAAGAAGAAGACGAGCAAGACGAGGAUGAGGAACAAGACGAGGCUGUCGACGACGUGCCUGCUCCCACGGGUCCUCCGGCAAGGAUCCGAAAUCAUCGACCCAGCGGCGCCGUGGCCGGGAGCGAAUGGGCAUUGCGAGAUUCGCGCAAAUCUUCGGUUGCCUCGUUGAGCGGUUCUUCAGCGUAUCCGUCUCCUCACAUUCACAGCCAAUCGCAAGGAGCAAUGGACGAGGCCGGCGGCUUGAGGAAGAGGCCCCUCUUGCCCGCCGGUGUCCAAUCCUUCACGGCCUCCCCUUCGAUCUCAGUGCACUCGGGUGGAGGUAUCAUCUCGUCCGCGACGCCGACUCCAACGCUGCUCUCGCCCGCGUUCAACUCGAUCCAUUUCUCCCCGGAUCUAGCGCGCACGCAAACCAACAGCAGCGUCGGGAAGUCUGGCAGUAGUGGGGUGCUGAACACCCCCGCGUCUUCAUGGGCAACAGUCAACCCCUCAGGCAGCUCUUCCGGGUCGGUGUCCAACCCGAGUCCGAAUAUGCAACCGCUGCCUUCACCGAAAGCCGCCAUGAACCUCCCACUGCCUCACCCGGCGGUGGCGUCCUUACAACUGCCACCACAUUACAGCGCGGCGAUCCAACGCGAGCGCGAGGGCGGGAGCAAGUCCCCAGGCGGCAUGAGUGACGCUUCGGGAACCGCCGAGGCCACGGCCAGUGCGGCUUUGAUGAUGUUGACCAACGAGUGGAGAGGUGGUGGUCGGUCGGACGCCGUCCAAGGCAACGUGCCUGCUCCCGCGGUGGCUGGGAUGAGAGACGACAGUAAAGAUCGAGGCAAAGGCAUGAGCGUGCGAGAUUUGCUGAGUUCAUGA